AUGUCGGGAGGGAACACUUCAGCGGCCAGACGCAAAAAUAUCGAAAUCGCAAUGAUUCAAGAAGAUUUCGAUGUUGAACAAUUUAUGAACAAGUAUGAAACGGGGAUUAAAUAUAAUUUAGGUGAAACGUGUGUUGAUUCCAUGUCAAUUAAGGAUAUUAUCAAGUUUUUUCCCGAGGAUGAACAACAAUCUGUAGAGAAACAAUUACAUGAUGAAGUUUUCAAUAUGAAAUUAGUUUAUGGUUGGAUCGAAGGAAGUGAUGAAUUAAAGACUAACAUCGCCAAGAUUUAUAAUGAAGAUAAUAAAAGUGAACUCAAAGUUACCAAAGAAAAUAUCAUUAUUACUAAUGGAGCUAUCGGAGCCAAUUUCCUUUGUUUUUAUACUUUGAUAAAUCCUGGAGAUAAAAUAAUUGCCGUUGAACCUUCUUAUCAACAAUUAACUAGUGUGCCAAAUGUCUUCUCCGAUGGGAAUUUGGUCAAGUUUCCUAUUUUAGAUAGUGAAGGUUAUCAACCGGAUUUAGAUAAACUAAAAUUAUUAAUAAAUCAACAUAAACCUAAAAUGUUAAUUAUCAACAAUCCAAAUAAUCCCACAGGUUAUUUAUGGAACAAUGAUCAAAUAGCGGAAAUUAUUGAUAUUUGUAAAUCUAAUGAUAUGUAUAUCAUGUGUGAUGAAGUCUAUAGACCAUUAUAUCAUUCUUCAACCAAUCCACCCACAUCCAUUGUAAAUUUUGGUUAUAAAAAGACCCUUUCCACUGGUUCAAUGUCAAAAGCUUUUUCAUUUGCUGGAUUAAGGUUAGGAUGGAUUGUUAGUCAUGAUGAUAGUUUAAUUAAAGAUUUAGCAUCCAAAAGAGAUUAUAACACUAUUAGUAUUUCAAUGAUUGAUGAUAAAUUUAGUUCAUUCAUUUUAUCCAAUUAUAAGAAAAUCUUAGCUAGAAAUUACGUAAUUUGUCAAAACAAUUUAAAACAAAUUGAUAAUUUCAUUGAGGAGUCAAAGGGGUUAAUUACAUGGAUAAGACCUGUUGCAGGAACCACAGCAUUUAUUAAAUUUAACGAUAAUCUCAUAACUAUGGAUUUGUCAAUCGAAUUGGCCGAAAAACAUAAAGUUUUAAUGGUACCAGGAGAAUGUUUCCAAUACCCUGGAUAUGCAAGAGUUGGAUUUGGAAAUUCAGUUGAAGAUAUUAAGGGGGGACUUGAAGUUUUGAAAAACGUUUUGAUCGAGAAAGGUGUAUGGAAACAUUAG